AUGGCGCCGAUCGUGUUCGUAGCGGUUGCGGGUUGGCAGUCGGUUCUGUUAUGCCUAUUAUUCGCAUGUAUAUACGUUGGUAGUUUGUAUAUUUGGACAGACGCUUUACAUAAAAACAGAGAUGAUCCAGUAACAAUAAAAAGAAGAUUUAUGAGUGUUGGUGUAAUAUCUGUCAUCAUUCCACUAUUACUAAGGUGUUUUGGAACUUACUCUGAGAAUGAAGAGGCUCAUGAAUUGCUGGUGUGGCUCGGUGUAAGGUUCCAUGGGUUCCUUCCAGCGUUACUGUUUCCAUUACUACUUACAAUGGUUCUGUUUAUGGGUCCUCUAGGUCUUCACUACAUGGACGGAGUGUUCCGAAUCUAUCUUGAACCAAGGUACUGGACCAACAGUUUGAAGAACUUAACCUGGAUCAGAAAUCAUAUCGUGGCUCCUUUUUCCGAAGAAUUCAUCUUCAGAGCAUGCAUGUUACCAUUACUAGUACCCAGCUUUGGUGAAGGAUAUUCUGUUUUCAUCUGUCCACUUUUCUUUGGAGUUGCACAUAUUCAUCACAUGAUUGACAGAGUAAUACAGGGACAACAGCCAGUAGGAGAUGCUGUCAAACAAACAGUCUUUCAGAUGUUUUAUACAACUUUGUUUGGAGCGUAUUCAGCUUUUCUAUUCUUAAGAACAGGUCACCUCAUUGCACCAGUGAUAGCCCACGCAUUCUGUAAUCACAUGGGAUUCCCCUCCUUCAAGGAAGCCCUCGGCUACCCAAAGCCAACACGUUCCAAAUUGGUGUUAUGUUUUAUCAUAGGCCUUUUGGCCUGGAUAGCCCUAGUGUUUCCAGUCACCUCACCAUUCUUGUAUGCCAAUGACGUCUACAGCUUAUAAUCUCUAGAAACUUUAUGUCUUUAAGGCAAUUUUUUGUUUUAAUUUUCGUAUCUGUUCUGUGUUAGAAUAUGACGGGGAAAAUGUGUUUAAAUGAGGUGGUUUAGAUUUUUCUAUAUUUUAAUGAUUUUUUUUUAUUGACAUCAAAUAUGUUACGUAGUUGUGUUAUGACAUAUUUUGUCAAAUGCUGCUAUUAUGUGAAAAUUAUAUUAAUGAGGACUUUUUGGCAUUUUUUAAGAAAUAAUCACUUACAGAGAUCUAUUGCAUGGUUAAUAUUUUUCCUUUUAACUUUACUUAUA